UUUCUCCCAACAUCCUCAGCGGCAGGCGAAGGAAAAUGAAAACGGCCAUGUCGUGGUAGAAAUCACUCCUGAGACGAGCGAAGCUUAUUCACGGCGUAACUUACCAACUAAUGUAAUGUAGUUUUGAAACUACAGCUCUGAAAGAAACACACUUGAUCUCUCGUUUGACAGAAACCGAUUCCGCGGAAAUAAGUGCGUUAUCAUAAAAAGAGGACAAACAUGAGCGGAGGAGGGACGCCGUAUAUUGGCAGCAAAAUUAGCCUAAUCUCCAAGGCCGAGAUUCGCUAUGAAGGAAUUUUGUACACAAUUGAUACUGAAAACUCGACAGUAGCUCUUGCUAAAGUUCGCUCUUUCGGCACUGAGGACCGGCCCACUGACAGGCCUGUUCCACCUCGGGAAGAAGUGUUUGAGUACAUCAUCUUCAGAGGAAGUGAUAUAAAAGACCUUACAGUUUGUGAGCCACCCAAGGCUGCCAGCUCCCUGCCUCAGGACCCUGCUAUUGUUCAAUCAUCACUUGGAUCCAGCAAUGCUGCAGCAGCACCAUCAUUCCCGUCGGCUAGUUGCUAUGCUCCACUCAGCAGGACCUCUGUCCCACCAUACAGCCAGUUUGGUGUUACACCCCUUGCAGCUCAGCAGUUUGGAUCUGCUGGAGCGGGAGGGCGCACCAGUCCCCAGCUGGACUCUUUAACAAAAAGUCCCCCCCUGGAGCAGACAGUGCAGACCCCACCAUCAGCUGCCCCAGCACCACCUGCGCCUGUAGGACAGAGGAGUCAGACGGCGGUGGCAGCUCCCAGACCCACCAGCACUGCCGCUGGCAGCCAGAAGCCCCCAGACCUCCUGGAGCAGAGAAAAGCUCCUGAGGUCCAGAAGGUCUCGCAGCCAGAUAUUGAACAUGGUGCUCUUGAAAAUCGCGAUCCCAACAAGCGUCAAGCUGCUGCUGCUCAGCCCACCCGCCGUGGCCGUGGAAGAGGAAACCGCAGCAGAGGCAAAGUGAAUGUGCGUAGAGAUGGCGCCAUGAAGUUUGAAGAAGACUUUGACUUUGAGACUGCCAAUGCCCAGUUCAACAAAGAUGAGAUUGACAAAGAGCUCCAGAACAAGCUGAAACUGAAAGAUGACAAACCUGAAAAGGCGCUUAAUGGAGAAGAAGCUGCUGAAUCAGAACAUCCAGCCAAUGAAGGGACCAAUGAGGAGGAGGAGACUGUGAUAAACACUUACUAUGACAAGUCCAAGUCCUUCUUUGAUAACCUGUCCUCGGAUGAUUUAAGUAAAGGGGGUGACAGAGGAUUUUCAAGGGAUCGAAGGCCGACCUGGGCAGAAGAGAGAAGAAUGAAUUCUGAGACAUUUGGCAUCCCUCUGAGACACAAUCGAGGAAGAGGAGGUUUCCGCGGCCGAGGCUUCAUGGGACCCCGCGGAGGCCGAGGUCGACCGCUGAGCAGAGGUUCCUUCGGGCCACCCCGGGGUCCUCCGCCUGGUUUCAGAGGCGGAUUCAGAGGUGGCAGAGGAGGCCGGGAUUUCUCUGAUUUUGAAUACAGGAAGGACAACAAGGUGGCUGCAUAGUACUGCUGCGACAGAUCCUUGAAGAGUCGUCGCCCCUCGUUAUGAAAGGGUUCCUGUUGAAGAAAUGAUUUGGUCUCAGUAUUUUGACAGAAAGAAUGAAGACAUCCUCUCAGUCACCAGCACCACGGCUGACUGCUUUACAUCAGGGGCGUGAGAGUGCAGCUUCCUUUUCUCCACUUCGGGAAUUAGGCUUUUUGUUUUUUGGCCCUGACAUUUAGUUUGACAAACAGUCACCAGACGGACAAGAGCGUGUGUAAAUACCUUGCUUUGGAGUAAGUCUGUAUUUUUGCAUCAACCGAGUUCAUUUCUUACCGAAGUUGUCUUUGAUAUUGAAAGCUGUAUGCAGAAAGCCCACUGAUACUGUGAGUGGAUCACGGUUCAUGUGAUCAAUAGCUUUAUUUUUUAUUUUCAUUCAGUGUUUGAUCUUUUGAUGUAUGUCGGCACCAAAAUCCACUUCAGUGCCCGUUACACCGUGUUUUUUCUCUGCUCACACUUAGUUUGGUUGCCAUGUGUUCAGUAUUUCAGUAUUUUUACCCAGUUUGCAGGAUUUGUUUUUUGUUUCUUUGGGACAUGCAUUCAUUCUCAAUGAAGUAGUGAGUUGAAGCCAGCUGAAAGAAAUAAAAUCUGAACUGAAUAUUUUUAUGAAUGUAUAUCUAGCUCAUCUUCAACUUAGUGUGCCCCUGCAAAAUGUGGCUCAUCAGUCAGACUCAUUUGUAGUUUUUAGCAAUGUGCGUUCAGUAUUUAGAAUUGCGUAGAUCAUACUUUGUUCCCCUAACCUCCCACGCCAGAUGAGUUAUGUUUCUGCUUUAUGUUUGUGGCUGGAGCUGUCCAGGCAGCCUAAUGCAGGCAAUGAGAUAGGAACCAGCCAUUGGACUGAUAUACAGGGUUCACAGCAUUAGCUUUAGAGCAUUUGUCGACUUUAGAUUUGUUUUGUUGAGCGGGUCUGUUUUUAUAUCGUUGACUAAACAAAGAGCAUUCCCGUGAUUUGUCUGUGAAAGAGGAACAUCCAUUAGUAUUAUUGCCUUUAGACAUUCUUAGGAAAGGAAAGCCUUGAGUGUUUUCAGUUCUGUAGUCACAAUGACCUUGAACAAGUUGGAUUUGGGUUUUUCAACAAAAAAAAAAUGCUCCGCUAUUUUGCCAAAAAGAAUAUGUGAGCACUUGGUUGGGAUGAGGUCAUUGUCGGUCUAAAAGUACAUGUUUUCUCAGUUUAGUACCUGUUCUAUCUAAUCUAAUCUACCUUAUAUGUCCAACACACACUGAGCCAUCUGCUAACGCAUGUUCUGUUUGUAAUCAGCGUCCUUUGAAUCGUCUUACAGUUGUGUCAUAGUUUUUUACUGUCGGCUGUUUCCACUGCAAAACUGUGCUGCAGUUUUGUACGGAUUGUUUACUGAAAAUGGGAAAUGUCGUCAAUGAUUGGAUGAUGUCACAAAAUGUAUGUUCAAGGUUUCUGGUAGGUAUCAGCCCUCUGACAAGUUUGUAGCUCCUCUUGUUUCAUUGUUGUCGAUGGGAUCAUUCUCCGGAGUGAAUUUUUUUUUUUUUUUAAUUUACCGACUUGUGAACAAAGGGACGUGACCUGGAUGUGGUGCCAUUGUGAUGGGGGGAGGAGGGGGAGGGGAGAUUUUUUUUUUUUUCUUUCUGGCUCUGAUUUGUUAGUACUUUAGGGAGUGCCUUCAGAGUGGUGAAUUCUUACAGCUCUCCCUUUAACGUAAAGGUCGACACAAGUAUUAAUAGCACUACAGGGUGAGACUAGAUCCUUCUCAGUAGCUGCGGUUGUGUAAAACAAAGCAGCCCAGUUGAAAACGUGCUGUUUGACUGGACACUCUUGCACAGGUUGCUGAUCACUGCAUGAUAGCCGUAGGAACCAUCACUUCAUAUGGGCUUUCGCAAUAACCAGCAGGCUUGAAUUUGAGACAAAAAGUAUUACUGAACUAUUACAAACUGACAUGUUUUCAUAUGUUUGUUACUCCUUCCAGUCACUGGAAUUGUAAACCAGGAAUUGUUUUCAUGAGAAUAUCAGCAAAAUUGAGUUUUUACUUAAAAUAAAGAGUUGUACAAUA